AUGCGUGUUCAGACCCUUCUUACCGCCGUCGCGGCUUGUGCUUCGCUUGCUUACGCCGCGCCAGUUGCCGUUGAGGCGUACGGCCCUCCUCUGAACCCUCAUAUCCCGGCCGUUGAGUCGAAGAGAGACACGGUCGAAGCCUAUGGGCCCCCCACCAACCCCCACAUCAUCUCGAAGAAAGAUGCCGUCGAGGCCUAUGGUCCUCCCACCAACCCUCAUAUCAUCUCGAAGAGGGAUACUGUUGUUGAGGCUUACGGCCCGCCUCUGAAUCCGCAUAUUCCGGCUGUCGAUACCAAGAGAGACACGGUCGAAGCGUAUGGACCUCCCACGAACCCACACAUCAUUUCGAAGGAGUAA